AUGUCGGGCCCGAGCGCCGUGUCGGACCCGCAGCACCCGGCGCGGCUGCUGCGGGCGCUCAGCUCGUUCCGGGAGGAGACGCGGUUCUGCGACGCGCACCUGGUGCUGGAGGGUGAGGAGAUCCCGGUGCAGAAGAACAUCCUGGCGGCCGCCAGCCCCUACUUUCCUCUUUUUAUUUUCUCUUCUCUUAGAACAAAAUUGAAUUACAAUCCUCCAAAGGAUGAUGGCUCAACGUACAAGAUUGAACUCGAAGGGAUAUCUGUUGAUAUCAUGAAAGAGAUACUAGAUUACAUCUUCAGUGGGCAGAUCAGGCUAAAUGAAGAAACUAUCCAAGAUGUGGUACAGGCAGCUGAUCUCCUGCUGCUUACAGACUUAAAAACUCUCUGCUGUGAGUUUUUAGAAGGUUGCAUAGCUGCUGAGAACUGUAUUGGUAUUCGGGACUUUGCACUGCACUAUUGUUUGCAUCAUGUUCACUACCUUGCCUCAGAGUAUCUGGAAACUCACUUUCGAGAUGUCAGCAGCACAGAGGAAUUCUUGGAACUGACUCCUCAAAAACUGAAAGAAGUGUUGUCGAUGGAAAAGCUCAAUGUUGGAAAUGAGAGAUACGUCUUUGAAGCGGUGAUUAGGUGGAUUUCUCAUGAUUCAGAAUCCAGAAAGGUCCACAUGAAGGAUGUCAUGUCAGCAGUGUGGGUGUCAGGUCUGGAUGCAGCCUAUCUGCGCGAGCAGAUGAUGAGCGAGCCGCUGGUCCGUGAGAUCGUCAAGGAGUGCAACAACAUCCCCCUGACACCCCCGCAGCAGGGAGAGGCCAUGCUGGCCUCCUUCAAGCCCCGGGGCUACUCCGAGUGCAUCGUGACUGUUGGGGGGGAAGAGAGAGUAUCACGGAAACCAACCUCAGUGAUGCGGUGUAUGUGUCCUCUUUAUGAUCCCAAUAGACAGCUCUGGAUUGAACUUGCUCCUAUGAGUAUUCCAAGGAUCAAUCAUGGAGUAUUGUCAGCAGAAGGAUUUUUAUUUGUGCUUGGUGGUCAGGAUGAAAACAAGGGAACGCUAAGCUCUGGAGAGAAAUAUGAUCCAGACACCAAUUCAUGGAGUUCCUUACCACCAAUGCAUGAGGCACGACAUAAUUUUGGUGUGGUAGAGAUUGAUGGCAUUCUGUAUGUUCUGGGAGGUGAGGAUGGUGAAAGAGAGCUGAUCUCUAUGGAGAGCUAUGAUAUUUAUAACCGGACCUGGACCAAGCAGCCAGACUUGACCAUGGUUAGAAAGAUUGGCUGCUAUGCAGCUAUGAAGAAGAAAAUCUAUGCAAUGGGUGGAGGCUCCUAUGGAAAACUCUUUGAAUCUGUGGAGUGUUACGACCCCAGGACUCAGCAGUGGACAGCAAUCUGUCCUCUCAAAGAGAGGAGAUUUGGGGCAGUGGCCUGUGGAGUUGCCUCUGAGCUUUAUGUAUUUGGUGGGGUCAGGAGUCGUGACGACAGCCAAGCCAGUGAGAUGGUGACGUGCAAAUCAGAAUUUUACCAUGAUGAGUUUAAAAGGUGGAUUUAUCUAAAUGACCAGAACCUAUGUAUCCCAACUAGCUCUUCUUUUGUGUAUGGAGCUGUGCCCAUCGGAGCCAGCAUAUAUGUGAUUGGAGAUCUCGAUACAGGUACCAACUACGACUACGUUAGGGAAUUCAAGAGAAGCACGGGCACCUGGCAGCGCACGAAGCCGCUGUUCCCGUCGGACCUGCGGCGGACGGGCUGCGCGGCGCUGCGCAUCGCCAACUGCAAACUCUUCCGACUGCAGCUGCAGCAGGGGCUGUUCCGCAUCCGCGUGCCUUCCCCGUGA